UAAAUUCUAACAAAAAUGCAUCCAACAAUAGACAACUUUAGUGAGUCACAAAAAGAAGUGCAUACCAUAGACAUUGAUACGGAGAUUCAGAAUAUUGAUUCCAUUAUUGAGACUGAAGAUAAAAUUAAAAAAAUCGACGAACUGUUCCAAGUUCAAACUGAGGUGGGCUUCGUGAUUGAGAUGACGGCCGAUGGCACACUAUCAAAUGGGAAGCAGAAGCCACUUGGUGUUGCAGAGGCCGUUCAAAAAGCGCGCGACACUUUCAACAGCGGUCGCACUCGCCCCGUAGAAUGGAGGAAGGAACAGCUACGCAACCUCUUUCGUAUGUACGAAGAGAACAGAAACGCUAUGAUCGAUGCGCUUCACAAGGACCUGCGCAGAAGCAAGAUGGAGGCCACCCUGCUCGAGGUGGAAUACCUGAUCAACGACCUCAAGGAUACGCUGCACAACUUGGACGAAUGGGUUAAGCCUACUAGGCCGUCUAAAGGCUUUAUCAACAUAAUGGACGACGUGGUGAUCCACAACGACCCGUACGGCGUGGCGCUCGUCAUCGGCGCGUGGAACUAUCCGCUGCAGCUGCUUCUGCUGCCGAUGGCCGGGGCGAUCGCGGCGGGGAAUGCCGUCAUAGUGAAGCCGAGCGAGCUCAGCGUGGCGUGCGCCACUUUCGUGGCGGAGACGCUGCCGAAGUAUUUGGAUAAUGACGCAGUGAUAGUGGUAGAAGGCGGUCCGGAGGAGACCACCGAGCUGCUGAAGCAGAAGUUCGACUACAUCUUCUACACGGGAGGCACUAAUGUGGGCCGCAUCGUGUACCAGGCCGCCACCAAGCACCUGACGCCGGUGACACUGGAGCUUGGGGGGAAGAGCCCGGUCUACAUCGACAACACAGUCGACAUCAACAUCACAGCGAAGCGCGUCCUCUGGGGCAAGUACAUCAACGCCGGGCAGACCUGCAUAGCUCCAGACUACGUACUCUGUAACAAGGAAACUCAAGAGAAGUUUCUCGAAGCCGCCAAGAAGGUUCUCAAGGAGUGGUAUGGAGAGGACGCGCAGAAGAGCCCCGACUUCUGUCGCAUCGUCAAUAGCCGGCACUUCGGUCGUCUCCAAUCCAUACUGGACACAGACAAGAGCAAAGUGGCCAUCGGAGGCAAAUACGACCUUCAGGACAAGUACAUAGAGCCCACAAUCAUAGCCAACGUGAAGCCGGGUGACAAGGUUAUGGAAGACGAAAUAUUCGGGCCCAUCCUACCCAUAGUGCCCGUUGAAAACGCGUACGAAGCCAUUAAGUUUAUCAAUGAAAGAGAGAAGCCGCUAGUGAUGUACCUUUUCACUGCGGACAAGAAGAUUCAGGAUAGUUUCGUGAAGAACACGAGCAGCGGCGGCAUGUGUGUCAAUGAUACCAUGAUGCAGAUGGGAGUUGACACGCUUCCCUUCGGCGGGGUAGGCAACAGCGGUAUCGGCGCCUACCACGGGAAGGCAACGUUUGACACCUUCACACACAAGAAGAGCUGUCUCGUGAAGAACUUCUCACCUAUUGGCGAGAAAUUGGCCUCCGGCCGCUACCCCCCCUACUCGGACGGCAACCUGUCCUUCAUCACGACGCUGAUGCGCAAGCGCCACGGGCCCUCGCUCAAGUACCUGCCCUACUUGCUGGCCUUCGCUCUCGGCGCCGGCCUGUCGUACGGGGUGGUCGCUUUUAACAAGAUGUACACCGAGGAAGCCUAGUAGUUGUAAUCAACUAGAUAGAACCGUGAUACGCAGAUAACAGGAAACAAUGUGAUAUAUAUUUUAAGUAAAACGUUAUUUACAUAUUUUUUUAUCACAGCACAUUCUUUAUUAGACCAUAAUAUUGUAACUGGGGUGAAACGUAAGUACGGCGUUAUAAGUUAAAGUCUGU